AUGCCUCACGCAGAUAAAGACGUCAUGGGCGAGCCGACAGUCAACGGCGAGAAGGUCUACUCGCAUUUCUUGGAUCAUCUGACAUCCUAUCCUAUCGUGCUCGACUCGAUCUCUACCUUCAAGAAGAACAAGUAUGGCGCCAAGUCGUUAGAGUUUGCCGAUCAAGGGUACACUCGCAUAGCCAAGCCGAUUGUCCCCUACCUGUCGACGCCAUACACCUACGUUGCGCCGUACGUCGCCAAGGCCGACUCUCUCGGAGAUCAGGGUCUUACCAAGAUCGAUACAACCUUCCCGAUCAUUCGAGAAGACACCGAGAAGAUCAAAGUCACCAUCUAUGACAGUGCGUCGUAUCCCCUGCGCGUGGCUGGGGACGUCAAAGCCCACGUCUUCGACACCUAUGGGUCCGAGUAUAAGAAGUGUGGCGGCGACGGAAUGGUUGCUACGGGCAAGGCAGUCAUCACCACCAGCCUGGUGCUCUCGCAGGAGACCUUGGCCAUGAUCAGUUCUUUCUUACAGACCAAGAAAGAGCAUGUCAAGGAGAUUGCUGACCUCGUCGCUGAUGGAUCUCAAUCAGAAGCCGGGCCAGCAGGCUCUCCUCCUCAGCGAAGACGCAUGCGACGAGUCGAGGAGGAGGAGGAGGAGGAGGAUGACGACUCGUCCGGAUCCGCCGAUAGUGACGAGAGCGCCGACAUCCGCGCCCCGAGCAGUACAGACGUGAUGAUCAAGAAACUGGUUCGCCUGGCUCUUGCCAGUGAAUAUUCACGACAGACAAUCCGCCGGACGGAUAUCAGUGCCAAGGUUCUCGGCGAGCAGGGAUCGAGGCAGUUCAAGACUGUGUUCGAAGGGGCGCAGAAGGCGCUCCGCACGCGGUUUGGGAUGGAGCUGGUGGAAUUACCUGUGAAGGAGAAGCUAACUCUUACGCAAAGGAGGGCUGCACAAAAGGUCGAGAAACCGUCGACAUCGAACAAGUCGUGGAUCGUAACCUGCAUGUUACCGAGUGUCUAUCGCAAACCCGAGAUCCUCCCGCCGACAAAGGCGCCGUCCUCGGCAAGAGAAAGCACGUAUACAGCGCUGUAUACAUUCAUCAUCUCGCUGGUAAUGCUUAAUGGCGGCACGCUCGCCGAACAGAAGCUCGAGCGGUAUCUGCAACGCACCAAUACAAGCGAUUAUACCCCGAUCGACCGGACGGAUAGGUUUCUACAACGGCUAUGUAAAGAAGGAUAUCUCGUGCGGAACAGAGAGACAGACAACGGCGAGGAAAUCAUCGAGUACGUGGUCGGGCCCAGGGGAAAGAUUGAGGUUGGAGAACAGGGGGUCGCCGGCCUGGUCCGCGAAGUGUAUGGCCAUCAGGCACCGCUCGGCGACGACAUGACCGCCUUGGAGAAGGAGACCAGAGAACGGUUCGAACGCCGCCUGCAGAGGAGUCUGGGAGUCGCUCCGCCGGAGCAAUCGAGAGGGGAUGGCGAAGCCCAGGGGGAGAAUGCACAGCAAGAAGCACGGCAGAGAAAUCAGCAACCGCGACGGUCAAGACGACACGCCGAACAAGAGAGCUCAGAUGACGACGAAAGUGAUUGA